AUCACUCAUAUACUUACUGUCUCAGCAGUAGCGAUUCCAAUGGAUAAACGUCUCCCAAAUAUUGAAUAUCAUUUCCUUUUCGCGAUGGAUCUCCCUAAUCAAGAUCUACUUGGAACAGGACUGCUGGCUCAAGGUUUAGCAGUCAUAUCAAAUGCUAUCCAAUCGGGUGGAAAUGUGUUAGUGCAUUGUGAAGUUGGCGUUUCGCGAAGUGUUACCGUAGUGGCUGCCUAUGUUAUGCAGAAGUAUAAGUUUUCUCCUGAGAAAGCGUUAGAGUUUAUUAAGAAGUCACGGCCGAUAGCCUACCCGAAUGAAGGUUUCUAUGCUCAACUCCAAAUUUAUGAGAAACUCGAUUAUAAGCUAGACGAUGCUACUCUGUCAACAAGUCGAGAUUACAGGGAAUGUGAAGUAGGCGUUUCGCGAAGUGUUACCGUAGUAGCUGCCUAUGUUAUGCAGAAGUAUAAGUUUUCUCCUGAGAAAGCGUUAGAGUUUAUUAAGAAGUCACGGCCGAUAGCCUAG